GCAGCCCGAGACUGUUAUUGUUGAAAAAUAAAAGCGACCUCCGUCAACAUCGGAUCGCUAACACCAGCAAUGCCUACAGCGCUAGAAUCGUUUGCUAAUCUUAGAAAAAUAAUCCAGGCCAAUGGUGGAAUCAGAAGAUCGUUGAGGAUAUUUUGGUUAACUGAUGAUCUGAAGUUUGGUGACCUCAAAGGAGUGGAUAAGUUUGGCAACAGAUACUAUGAAAACAACAGAUACUUUUUUGGUAAGAAUCGGUGGGUAAGAUUUGCAGAUAAGAAGAAUUUCAAUUAUGAUGCAAGUCAGAUUCCACCAGAAUGGCAUCGCUGGAUGCACUACAUAACAGAUCAAACUCCUGUGGAGAAGCCCCCAGAGCAAAAAAAGUGGAUGAUGGAGCAUGAAGAGAACUUGUCUGCGACGCCUGAUGAGUAUGUCCCUUACAGCACCACCCGCACAAAGAUUGAAAGCUGGACCCCGCCACAGAAUCGAUAGAGCUUUGGCUUAUCUUCAUGUGUAUGGAUUAAAAAACAGAACAUUUCAUGUAAAUGUACAUAGAGCUAUUGUUCCUGAUGAUGGAUGUUUGUUAAAUUAAAAUUUUAAAAAGAAUA